AUACAUCAAAGAUUUUACACAAACCAGUUACUGUACCAGUUUCACCAAAUAUUACAAAAGUUAAAUCAUCAUUUAAAGAUUCAAUUCUUUCCUCAGCAUCUGUAGCAUCGUCGUGUGUAGCAUCAACAAUUAUUGGACCAAAAUUACCACACUCUUUCAAGGCAAGACCAAUGCCAGAUUUUAAUAAUUCAUCAACACUCAAGAGUGCUAUUACUACUACAAAUAAUCAUAGAAAUGUACCAAUGGAACCAUUUAAUCUUGCAACUGAAAAGAGAGGACAAGUUUAUCAAUCAAAAUUCAAAGCAUCUAUUCAGUCAAUGGAAAGAGUUUCAAUUUCUAAAAUAGAUGAUGGUACUUUUACAAGUGUUACUAAACGAGUUUACAAUUCAAUUCAAAACUUACGUUAA